AUGAACCGAGCGACGGAGCUCUACGACGAGGCCUUCCGCGCAGCCGAAGAGGGCAUCCGCGCAGAGGAGAUCCAUGACGCCGAGACGGCGGUCCGACGCUUUGAGGAGGCCAUUCGCAUCUUCAGCCGGCUCGCGAUCGUCGAGUCGCUCAGCAAGCGCGAGCUGCUCCAAGGGCAGAUCGCCGAUUUCCAGGAGCGCAUCGACAAGCUCCGCGCCAAGGUUGUCGAGCCGCCGCUCGUUCAGACUGCAGCCCACGUCGACCUGCAGAUUGGCAACGCGGAAAGUCUCGAAGCCAUGGCUAGGACUCUCGACACCGCGCCACACGGCGUGCAGUCCAUCGUACAAGCCUACAUGGCCGCGGCCGAUGCCUACAUGACGGUGCGCGUCCAAGCCAGCGUCGAAGCCAUCAUCAAGCGCGUGACAGAGCUCAAGGAGCCAGUGAUCAGCAAUGCUGCCAGUGGUGACUUCGAUCUCAUGGAAGAAGAGCUCAUGGAAGAGAUGGAAUCGUUUCUUGAUGCCGCCGACGUUGCGCCGGCCAAGCAAGCGGUGGUGCACACGUCGACACCUCAGUUGCUUCGGUCGCCGUCUGCAAUGCAACGCCCCGUGAUCACAUUCGAAGACGACGCCGGAGACGCCAAGUACACGGCCGAAGAAGUCGACGUCCUGCGCCGGUCCUCGGUCGUCAACGGGCGUCUCUUCCAGCCGUGGAUCGCGUCUGACGCGUACGAAGUCUUCUCGCCCCACGAGCAAUAUAUCGACCCGGACGGCUUUCUCAGCAUGUCGCCCAAGCAAAUGGACAAGCUCGACAAGUGGGUGCGUCCGACGGGCUAUGGCACGGGGCACCCCGUCAUGAUUGCAACCAUUUCGCCGUACGUUAUCGUGCAGGACGUCGUCACCGACUGCUCGUUCGUCGCGUCGCUCUGCAUCACGGCGGCGUUCGAGCAGCGGUUCCAGAAGAAGCUGAUUACAAAGAUCAUCUACCCCCAGGAUGCGUAUGGGAACCCAAUUGUAAAUCCCGGCGGACGCUACAACGUCAAACUGUGGGCCAACGGCGUGCCGCGGAAGGUCGUCGUGGACGACUGCCUGCCCCUCGGCUACAACGGCACGCUCCUCUGCUCAUGCACGACGACCCCGAACGAGCUCUGGGUGAGCAUCAUUGAGAAGGCGUACCUCAAGGUGAACGGUGGCUACGACUUUCCGGGGAGCAACUCGGGCAUCGACCUCUUUGCGCUCACGGGCUGGAUCCCCGAGUCGCUCUCGUUCGUCGACGCGUCGGGCCCGACGAGCGACGUCAUCUGGCAGCGGCUCAUGAGCGCCUACAACUUUGGCGACUGCCUCAUCACGAUCGCGACAGGCGAAAUGCCGCCCGACAUUGCGCGCCGGGUUGGGCUCGUGCCGUCGCAUGCCUACGCCGUCCUCAACGUCCUCGAAACGGCGUGUGGCGUGCGCUUGCUCCGCGUCAAGAACCCGUGGAACCGCAAGCGCUGGAAAGGCCCGUACAGCCUCGACGACUCGCAGCAUUGGACGCCAGCGCUGCAAGACGAAGUGGGCUUUGACCUGGACGCCGCGCGCCACGCGAAAGACGACGGCCUCUUCUGGAUCGACUUUGACUCGGUGCAAGAGCACUUUAACGCGCUCUUUCUCAAUUGGAACCCAGAGCUGUUCCAGUACCGGUACACGGUGCACAAGCACUGGCCUGUCGAGAUGGGUCCAGCCAACGACACGUACAACCUCGGGUACAACCCGCAGUUUCUGCUCACGAUCCCCAACACCCAGCGCCGCACCAAGUC